AUGAUUUCAGCUGAUCCUGAAUUUUCACGAUUUGAACGACAAGAAACGUUAUUUUGGCCCAUUGAAGGUUCCGUCUUCGCUGCCGUACUGAACAUCACUAGUCCUUCAGAUGUUGCCGACACUUUUGUGCUACCGGUUAAUUUCACUCGCGGCAUUUUGAUUGUGAAUGAUCAGGUCAUGGGACGAUAUAACCAAGCUCUGGGGCCACAACUGAGGUUAUAUGUGCCCAAGAGUGCACUACAGGUCGGAACAAACAUAUUUAUUAUCAUUGAACUGGAUAGUCUAUGGCUCAACGAAACAAUGAUUGGUGGUCCACUGAAUGAGGGCGCUACCUAUCCGCUUGCAUUUGACGACCGGAUGCACUGGCAUACACAACGAAAACGGCCUAUCCACUGA